AUGUCUGGGCUCGAGGCCGCCGACAUUGCUGCGGCGUACGAUGCCGUGCGCAGCGACAAGGAGCCGACCAACUGGCUGCUCAUCUCCUACGCCGGGCCGACCGGCAGCAAGCUGGCCCUCACGCGCACCGGAACGGGCGGUCUCUCCGAGAUGGCGGCGUCACUGGACACGGGCGAGGUGCAGUACGGCUAUGUGCGUAUCGAGUACGCCAACGACGCAGAGAGCACGCGGGUCAAGUUUGUUCUGGUGAUUUGGAUCGGCGAGGGGACAAAGGUGAUGCGCAAGGCAAGAGUGAGCGUCGAGAGCGGCGACGUGAAGCGCGUGCUGAGCCACCACAGCAUCGCGGUAACGGCGAGUGAUGUGGCGGAGCUGGAGGAGGGAGAUAUCGUGACGAGGUUGCGCAAAGCGGGUGGUGCAGAUUACAAUGGCGGAAGGGGAUAG